CGAGAUUCUGGUCUCUCUUUGAUUUUCUUCUCUUUAUUUUUGUUCCUCUUCUCUCGCCCCUACUUCUUCGCGAAUCCCAUCGAAAUCCACACAAAAAAGAUUUUACCUCCCUUCCCUCGGCCUCCAUCAGCUUCUCUCCGAAAACCCAAUUCGCCGGCGGCGUCUGCUGCCUGUUCCGGAGGAGGGAUUUUUCGGGUUUCCGACUUUACUUCAUAGCUGUUGUGUUCUCACAUUUCUGCGCGGUUGUAUGGAAUCACUGAACCUCGCUGCUUCCCGCUGAUUCUCGACGAGUUCAGCUGAGUUGACUUUUUCUCGCGAGUCCAAUGGAUUGGAGCCGCUGGGUCCUCGUCUUCGUUGCGUUCUUCUGCUUGGUUCGUGGACUGGGCGCCAGCGAUGGUGAUGCCGAUCCGGUUUACAAGAGCUGCUUGGAGGAGUGCCAGACAACGGGGUGCGUGGGGAAGAAGUGUUUCCAGCACUGCAAAUUCUCGUCUGAUGGGAAACCGAUUGAUGGGCCCUGGUAUCAUCAGGAGCCGCUGUAUCAGCGGUGGAAACAAUGGGACUGUCAAAGCGACUGUGAAUACCAUUGCAUGAUUUCCAGGGAGGAUGAGAGGUUGGAACUUGGUCUUAAACCUGUCAAGUACCACGGGAGAUGGCCCUUUCAUCGUGUUUAUGGCAUCCAGGAACCCGUUUCUGUUGCUCUCGCUGCAGUCAUUCUUGCCCUGCAGUUUCAUGGGUGGAUAUCCUUUUUCAUCCUUGUAUACUACAAGCUGUCACUGAGGCCCAAUAAGAAGACUUACUAUGAGUACACUGGCUUGUGGCACAUCUAUGCGCUCUUGUGCAUGAAUGCCUGGUUCUGGUGUGCUGUGUAUCACACUCGGGAUGUGGAGUUGACAGAGAAACUGUACUUUUCAUCCACAGUGGCAUGGGUUGGCUUCAGCCUUAUUUUGGCAACACUCCGAGCUUUCGAUAUAAGGGAUGAAGCUGCCAGAGUCAUGAUUGCUGCCCCAGUGAUUGCUUUCGUUACCACACAUAUCCUGUACCUGAACUUCUACAACUUUGACAAAGGUCUGAAUGCCAAAGUAAGCGGGGCACUGACCCUAGUCCAGGUUCUGAUAUGGCUCGUCUGGGCUACAGCCACUCGCCAUCCAUCGAGGUGGAAGCUGUGGCUGGUAGUUCUCGUGGGAGGAAGCCUGUCCAUGCUCGUCGAAGUAUACGACUUCGCGCCACUUGGGAGGUACGUGGAUGCUCGAGCCAUCUGGCACGCAGCAGCCAUCCCCCUGGGGUACAUCUGGUGGAGUUUUGUAAGGGAUGAUGCUGAGUUUAGGACAUCAAGCCUGCUGAAGAAGACCAAGUAGAUGUUUCUCUACCCAAAAAGCUUUGCUUGCUGCAAAGUGGGAAGGGUGGAUUGUAUUAUUUUACCAAAACGCAUCCAGGGUGGUGGAUGAGUUGGAAAACAAGUUUGUCCUCCUAUCUUUUUCCUUGCCAAUGCAGUUUGGCAGUCAAAAUGCAUUGUCAAGAGUGGUCUCCUUUUUAUUUGUUUGGGUUUGGGUUUGGAAUUUUUUUUUUGGUGAUGAUUAUUUUUAUUCCCAACUGCAAAUAUGUUGGUUCUUACGCUUUGUGUAAGUAAGGCGAAGUUUCUGCUUUUGGUUGUCUGUCUUUUUUGUAGCCUUCAUUGGCUGUUGCUUCUUUCUUCAUAGGAAGAACUUGUGAAUGAUGGAUCAAAUCUUUAUUCUAUUGUAAAUUUGUUGUCAUUACUUUGUUCUGUUUAAUUUGACUGACAUUAUAAUUUUUGAG